CUCUAAGUGACUAAACUUGCAGCCGCAAGAAUCCAUCUAAAUACAAGACAUCAUUACUUAUCCAUCUACCUGCAAGACAUCAUAGCACAGGACUCGGACAAGUUCGGAGACCCAAGACAAAAAGAUGCCCGGAACCGAUGGUAGCCGCGCGGACUGCUCAGGGUAGGGCACCGACUCCACACGUGAUCGCGAUCAUUUCGCCCGACCUCCGCCCCACUUUGCUUCAUCUUUCUAGCCGCGUCGCCGUGGCUUCUAAAUCCACCUUAUCUGGGCAUCCCGAUGCCCGAGUCAAUACCGAGGCCUCACCGAGUGGCCCGGAUGUGCCAGAAGUAUUCUUUGUAUCAUGUCAGAAACCGUCUUCGCACGCAUGCCAAGGAACUCACGGCUGACGUCAACGCAUCGUAAAUCCUGGAUGAAGAAAUGGAAGGCAGAGCGGAGGGGAACAAGGGCCUGCAUACCAGUACGUGCGUCGCGUCCGAUCCGCACCCCCGUCACCGUGCAUCGUCGCAUCGGCUCGGCCCCCUUCUGUUCGCCCACCGAUGACAAGGCGUGGCUAUCUUCAUCGACUGGCAACUACUACACCCCUAGGCUUGGACUUAACGACAACGCGCAACUGGCCUCCCAUGUCGAUGCCACUGCUGCUACCAACGACCAGCGACCGCGACUAGAAUUCUAUCGUCGUACUCAACGCGCGAAGAUGCUCGAUGUGCUUUCCGUGCUUCCUGGAUACGCCAAACAUGUAUUCUUCUUUGCACGACGGCCGCCGUGAAGUCAUGCCGCGGAAUCGGAGUUCUGGCUCGCUUCAAGCAGGGAAUGGUAUCAAGCCGGCACCCAUCCAAGCGUCGACUCCAACGAAUUCACCUUCUCAUUUCCAGCAGAUCAAGGUUACAUCCAGCCAAAAGAUACACGACCACGACCCCUAGUUUACACCAAAUCGUCGUCAAAGUGGCUCAGCUUGACGUCGCCCGGGAUGCCCUUCGCGAUCUUCGCGCACGCCGUGCACACCUUCGCGCUGGCGGAGCACGCGGCCGCUUUGGACGCGGAGGCCUUUGGAGGCGCAG